ACCAGCCGGGAAAGCGAUGCUUGUGUUGCUGGGUUACGCCGUACACAGAGCCCGGCUUCGGCUUUGUGCCUCUGCUGUGCAGCCCGGUCCGGGCAGUCCCUGCUCUCCUCCUCGUCCUCCCACAGGCACUCUCGCUGCCCAGCAGUGGAUCAGAAAUACCUUCCUUAGCUGGGCAGAUUCAGCCUCAAGCUGGUCACCACACCCCAGAGCUGAGCACAUUGCCCCAAGGGCAGAAAGCAUCCGGCUCCGUGGAGGCCCCACCACCCCUGUGAAGCAGGAACUGAAGCAAGAAUAAAGGCCGUCGUUCUUUUUGCAAGACAACUACCUCUGCAACGAGCAUCUGGCAAGAGAGAGAGCUGUGCAAGUUCUGUUAUCACGAUGCAUUCCCGCGCGUACGUGUUGCUGGAAAGGGAACACCAGGAAUGGAAAGAAGCCAACGUGUUUGGCAUCUUUGCUGCUCCUAUUAAUGAUAACCUGCUAGAAUGGUUAGCUGAAGUCCAAGGGCUCAAGGACUCCCUCUGGGAAGGAGCUGUUCUCCAGCUCACCUUAAAGUAUUCUGAAAGUUACAACAGUGUCCCUCCAAGUGUUUCAUUCAACACCAUUCCAUUUCACCCCAACGGUAAAGGUCAUAGGAGAUGCUGUCUGAUGGAUCAACAUUCUGGGAAGCCUUGUAUAGACUUCCUAGACGACCCUAACAAGUGGAAUAGGAAAUUAACGAUGUGUGACAUUUUACUUACUAUCCAGGUGAUGCUUUCUAAUCCAGUGCUGGAAAAUGCUGUGAAUAUGGAAGCAGCAGAAAUGCUGAAAAAUAACUUAGCAUUGUAUAGACAAAUGGUUAUCCAGUGUGUUAGAACCAGCCAACGCCUAGAAGAACUUCUUAGAGCCAAGGAUGAUUCUAUUUCUUCCCUGCAGUUUUAUCCAUCAUCAGAAGCAUCUUCUCUAGGCUGUAUCAGUUACAGAAGGAUUACAAGCAUUUCAUUUGAAGAUUACCACAGGACAUGGUCUGGAAUAGCCACAUCAAAAGCAAAAGAAUAUUUUAAAGCUCCAUUGUUUGAAGAUCCAGUCUUCAUGGGGAAUUACUACAGCUGGAAGGAAAGAAAUUUGAUAGAAGCAGGCGGAUGGGAUGAGAAUAUAUAUAAAACAAUUAUGUCUCAGCUCAUCAGGAGGCAAAGGAAACAAAAAAAUGAAAGACUGCUUAAGAUGAGCAAUGAGAAACAGGACAACUAUCAACUCUGGCAAACAACAGAUGUGCUAGAUCCAAUACCAAAGAGUCAAGCUACAGGUAGAGAGAGGCCCAUCGCCCAGGAAAAAGAGCCGUGGGAAGAGGAAGUGGACAAUCUAGUAGCCUGGACUAACACUCUCUCUACCAAAGGAUUAGAGGACUAAACUACAAGAUCUCAUAUACAAACCAGAAACUUUUAUUUUGAUAGGUGAUAUAAAACAAAUACAUUUAUGUCAGUCCUGUGGCGAAAAUCCUAGACCUAUCACUCAGCCCUUUUUCAGGCAAAACUCCUGUCAGCUUUAGGUGAGCAAAGGUGAGUAAAACACGCACAGGGAUACUUUUCGCAUCUGUGCAAACUCAGUUCCUUCACCCCUUCUCCUUUGUCUUCAGUGGGUUUGCAAAACUCUGAUUGGUAUGGAUCUACACAUGUCUCAGGUGCUACUACACAAGAUGGAAAAGAAGAUGUGCUAGCCUCUGCAGGACUUAGAACAGAAAACAACAACAACAAAACCUGAUUGGAUUAGUUGCUAUAGAUAACUGGUGACCCUGGAUGCACACAGGGCUUGCUUAUACUACUGCAGCAGCCAGAUCCAGGGAGGAUGGCACUGAGCACUCCCCAUCCACCCAAGUGCAGGCAUAUGCCGCCCUGACUUGUCUGUGGGGCUGUGGAAACUAUUGCAACUAUAAAUAUUCUAGUAGUUGCGCAAUGUAUAAGGGAAACCAUAGAUCUGAGGAUUGCACUGAGGAAUACAAAUAUUCAGUGUAGGGAUCCAUUAGAAAAGUCAGCUGUAUGAAUAACAUUUGAGAAUGUGUCCUGAUCCUGAUACUUAAAGAUGGGAAAGAUCCACCAGUAUCAGAAUUUCAUAUCCAGCACACUUACAACAUAAUUGCCCACUAGCAUGUAUGAUAUCUGUUGAACCUACAUCACUAUGAAUCUACAUAGGAGGCAGCAUGAACUGAAAGGAAGAAAUGAGUGCCCGGAUCAUAGGAAAACCCAAGUAAGAUUUCUGUUCCACCACAAGCAGUCUGAGACUCUCUUUGUAAACUGUAGCUGUGAGGAUAAAUACAUUUGGUGAUUGAAAGACAUUUGAGUUACUUGGAUGACAGGUAAAUAUCUAAGUACCUAACAGUGCACUGAACCUGGGGUCAGUUGAGCUGGGGUUGGUUCCUGGCUCUCCACUGACAUGCACUAUGGCCUUGGACAAGCCACUUCAUCUCCCAUAAACUUUGUUUCUUCUUCCACCCAUUGCCUCUCUAGUCUAUGAAUAUUAUAAAUUAUUUAGAUCAGCCCAUCUCUCAUAAUGGGUUUGUUCAAUACUUAGCCUAGCCCAGUAGUAUUCUGGACUCCAUAGGUACCAAAGAUACAAAUGGUGUCUCUAUAAAAGUUCAGGCAUGAAAGUUAAGACAAUUUUUUCUUGGACAAAACAAGAUCUUUGGAACUCUUCAGUGACUUCCUUCAAUUAUGUUUUUUUCUCAGCAAUUUGAAACAUUAAUUUAUCUGCCUACCGGGGGCUUUUUUCCGUUAUACAUUUUAUAACCUCUAGUUCAGCAGCUCUGUGAGUUCUGAGAUCAACCUCUUUGAACAAGGAACACAUCCACGACUGUGCCAGGGAAAGAACAAAGUUUCAAGUUGCUCAGAGCUUUGAAUGCACAUCUGGGAUAAUUUAUGAACUACUUGUAAAAAAUAUAUCAAUAUUUCCACAAGCGGAGGAGAAAGGACAAGUAGCAGGCCAGGACAAGGAUUAGUUCUGUCAUUUGUACAUUUGAGGUGAAAGAAGUUUACCGUUGUCCCUAGCCCUGACAACAUUCUUCAGUAAACCAUUCACAGCCCUAAAAGGCACAGGGCUAAUGCACUCUGCAAAGCUGUAGCUAAUAUUUCAGCCUCUGAAUGUGACUACUAUCACAUCAACAUAUGUGCAAAAUUAUUUCCAGCUCUGGAUGCCUCCUGUAAUUUUCAGUACAAAUGUGGCUCCAGUGUUUCAGUAUAUAUGGCUUUGCACUGCAAUUUUGAGAAGUCACUUAAAUGUAACACUUCUUUAUGGGUUCCUUUUUGUGACCUAUUCUUCAUAUGAUAUGCUGCAGGAAGAACAGAACCCAGUGAACGUGAGUAGGAUAGGGACAUAAUGGGAUAUACUAGCUAGUGAUGCAUAGAGGGAGACGCUUGCUGAUUCAAAUGUAUCUAAUCUGGGUGGAAAAACUAAUCAAUUAAAAAUACUUUGGAACUGAUUCUGAUGCAUAUAUUUUGGUUUUGCAGCAGUAUAAUUUUUUAUAACAUGAGAAUUUCUUCAAAUUGGCUUCACUUUUCAUACAAUCAGAAUCAGGCUUUCUAGCUUUCUUUUUUUAAAGCACAAUGACCUCUAGAUGGCACUAUAUUACUAUGGAUGCAGAAACUAUUGUUUUCCCCCCAAUCAAGGGAAAUCUGCCCCUGGCUAUUUUUAGUGACUUCUCUGCUGGAAGCCAGCUGCCAAAAGUAUGGUUCUGCUUUAAAUUGUUUAUAACAGAUCCUUAGUUUUUUAUUAAAGACAGCAUAUUCUUUUGUG